UUAGGGAAGCCUAUAAGUAAGAAGCCGCGCGUCCGUCUCAUCUCGGAUGUCCUCUCAAUGAAACUCCUCGUUGGCGGAGACACCGGCGCGAGCGCGGAUGUAUUCCAGAGCGAAAGAGCUGACUUUUCUCCAAACUUGUAGCAGCCGGCGUUUCCCUGCCUGUCAGUGACUUUAGAGCUUGAUGAAACUUUUUUUUUUUCUUGAAUGAGGCUGGCACAUCUGGACGCAGGGCUGUCGGAGCUGUCAAGUCCAGCGCAAACUUUUAGACGGACGUAACUUUGGUUUAUUCAUCCCCCAAACUUAGAAGAGUUCUACUGGAACCAGUUUGAAUUGAAAGCUCCUCCUAUAUAUAUAUGUAUAUAUAUAUAUACAUAUAUUUUUUUGCAACUUUUUAUUUACUUUUAAUUAUUAUCGUUAUUGAGCGCAAACAUGGAACACUCAGUCCUCACACUGACAUGCGUUUUGGUGGUUAUCUGUCUGCUUGAUAAAAGGGUGGAUUCCAAUGAGAUCUUAGGUCUGAAGCUUCACAACAUCGAACCCAUCUUGAAUGCCAACACAGUUUGUAUGACACUACCCGGUUUGACGAGACGCCAGCUGGAGGUGUGCAUGCGCAAUCCGGAUGUGACGGCUUCGGCAAUUCAGGGGAUCCAGAUCGCCAUCCACGAGUGCCAGCACCAGUUCAGAGGACACCGCUGGAACUGCUCCAGCCUGGAGACAAGAAACAAAAUCCCCUACGACAGCAUAGUCUUUAAAAGAGGUUUUCGAGAGAGUGCCUUUGCAUAUGCGAUCGCAGCAGCUGGGGUGGUGCACGCGGUGGCCAAUGCCUGCUCCAUGGGAAAACUGAAAGCAUGCGGCUGUGACGAGAAGCGGCGCGGGGACGAGGAGGCAUUUCGACUCAAGCUCAGCCGCUUACAGCUGGAGGCCAUCCAGAGAGGGAAAGGGAUGGUUCACGGUGUGAUGGAACACUACCCCGCCGAGCUCUCCGGACUGCAGCCAGACUCCUGGGAGUGGGGUGGCUGCAGCCCUGAUGUGGAAUUCGGGGAAAAGUUCUCAAGGGACUUCCUGGACGCCCGCGAAACCUAUAGAGACAUCCAUGCAAGAAUGAGGUUGCAUAAUAACAAAGUUGGGAGGCGGGUGGUACUCGACAACAUGAGAAGGAAAUGCAAGUGCCACGGGACGUCAGGGAGCUGCCAGCUCAAGACUUGCUGGCAGGUCACUCCAGAGUUUCGGCUGGUGGGUUCAAUCCUAAAAGAGCGUUUCCACAUUGCCACCCUUAUCAAGGCUCAAAACAGGAAUAAUGGCCAGCUGGACCACUCGAACCAUAACAACCACAAUAACCACAACCACCAUCACAGUCAUCGAGAGAACCACCAAUCACAUCGCCGGCGGCUUAACAUCGGGGAGCUAGUGUAUUUUGAGAAGUCGCCUGAUUUCUGUGACCGGGACCUGAGCUCAGACUCGGCGGGCACACAGGGCCGGAUCUGCAACAAGACUAGCCCAGGGAUGGACAACUGUGAGAGCCUGUGCUGUGGGAGGGGGCACAACAUUCUGCAGCAGACGCGUAGCGAACGCUGCAACUGCAAGUUUCACUGGUGCUGCUAUGUGGUCUGUGAAGAGUGCAGGAUAACAGAGUGGGUCAGCGUUUGCAAAUGAAGAAAAACACACUAAAAGUCACCAGACAUAAGAAUUAAAAGACAGACAAAUGCCCCAAUGUUUUUUGUCAUGGACUGCAGUUUUUUUGUUGCAGAGAAGUAAUGGAAGGACAGUGUGAUGCAUUUGAUGCGGCAAACGGAAACCUGUGUUGGUCGGUGUAGAGCGUGCACAUGCAGGAGGUGCCUGAAGCUGCCACACACCACCCCUCUUUGGAGACUAUGGAACAUAGUCUAAGCAAAGAGGACUGCUUCAGAAAGAAAGUAAAAUUUCUUCUUAGCUUUAUUGGUAUAAGAUCUAUUUGAAAUUCUGAUUUGCUUUGUAUAUUUUAAACAAUUCAUACACUGAGCAGUUCAAUCAGCAACUGAUGACAUUGCUUGAAUCCAGCCAUUUUGAUGUCGCUUGACCACUAUCUAUACACACAAGUGUAGAAAUUUAACAGAUUUAUUUCAAAACAACAAAUAAUAUUUCAGCACUUGCAGAUUUUGUGCCUUCUUUAAGGGCAGUUAAGGAGUUUCAAUAUUUAUUUAUAGCAGCUGUCAUGUUGCACAUAAGACAGAGCAGGUUUAACUGAUACUUUGUAAAUCCUCCCAUAAAUGUUGUGUUGUGUGUAAUAAAGUAUAACCCUGAAGACAACUAUGACAUCCCUCAGAGAACAUGUGUUCUAGUUAUUGUAAGGAAAGAGAAGAUAUAGGUCUAAAAUCAACUUCCAGAAUGGACUGAGCUUUUUAUGUGUCUGCAGCCAUGACAGCUGACAGGUUGAAGGUAAAGUCAACCAAAAGACAGAUCUGAAGCUGCAUGUUGGUGCUGUUGCUUUAUGGGAUUCCUCAUGGCACACCUUCACCUUCUUCAAAGGGAAGAAAUAAAAUUAACUUGCAAAUACCACUUCUAAACACUAAGUGUGUGGAACCACUUAACGAUAACCACAGACACAAGAUUGUGCCACUGUUUUCAGACCACCAAAUAACACAGCACUGAUAUGCAAUUCUCAGUUUCCAGUGUGUCAUGUGUGAUCUGUGUGAUGUGAUACGUGAUGUACGAAGAUGGUCAGAAUGCACAGUAAGCCCAACAAGUCCACAUUUUAUCUUUGACGUGAUCUAAACAGCACUGUAAAUAAAAAAUGAGUAAUGCUGCACAAAUGCCAUCAAUAAUGUUCAAAUGUGUCAAGAAAUUGAGUGCACAUGAACAAGCUCCAGUUGCACACACACUACAAACAUUCUUAAGUGAGAUCAGGCAAAGUCUUUCCCGUCUUGUGACACAGUGUCUUGUGUGCAACACUGUAAGCUUCUUGUAUGUACAUUCACUUGCUUCACAAAUUAUCAAUGUGUACUAUAAGGAUAUUCUGAUGUCAGCUGCAAAGUAUAUAUAAGGAACAGUUUAAGUAAGCUACUUAUCAGAUGGUGUAAUUUAUUUAAAGCAAUUUAUUUUCUGUGUUUAAAACAGAAAAUGGAAAUCUGGGAUUGUGUAACCAGUAUAACUGAUAAGUAGUUUGCACAUACUGAACAGUGUCCAGCAGAACUUUGAAAGAUGUCAGCAUUAUGUAUUUUAAGUGUUAAAUGUAAUGUAUGUUUGUAUUUUUCUGUUUUAAUAUGGUUAUUAUCUAAGUUAUUUUAUUUUUGUGGAUAACUUAAUAUUUGUAAGACAAUAAA